CGCCGCCGCCGCGGGAUCCUGGGGGCCUGGGAGGCGACGACCGAAUCAUGUGGCUGGAGAUUCUCCUCACCUCCGUGCUGGGCUUUGUCAUCUACUGGUUUGUCUCCCGGGACAAGGAGGAAACAUUGCCUCUUGAAGAUGGGUGGUGGGGGCCCGGGGCAAGGCCCGAAGCCGCGGAGGAUGGCAGCAUCCGCCCUUUCAAGGUAGAGACCUCCGAGGAGGAGAUCCAGGACUUACACCGGAGGAUUGACAGGGUCCGUUUGACCCCACCUUUGGAGGACGCGCAUUUCCAUUUUGGCUUCAACUCCACGUACCUGAGGAAAGUCCUUUCCUACUGGCGGAAUGACUUUGACUGGAGGAAGCAGGUGGAGAUUCUCAACAGGUACCCCCACUUCAAGACUAGGAUUGAAGGGCUGGACAUCCACUUCAUCCACGUGAAGCCCCCCCAGCCGCCGUCUGGCUGCACCCCAAAGCCCUUGCUGAUGGUGCACGGCUGGCCCGGCUCCUUCUACGAGUUUUAUAAGAUCAUCCCGCUCCUGACUGACCCCAGGAGCCACGGCCUGAGCGAGGAGCAUGUGUUUGAAGUCAUCUGCCCUUCCAUUCCUGGCUACGGCUUCUCGGAGGCAUCCUCCAAAAAGGGCUUGAACUCUGUGGCCACGGCCAGGAUCUUUUACAAGCUGAUGCUGCGGCUGGGCUUCCGGGAAUUCUACAUUCAGGGCGGGGACUGGGGGGCCCUGAUCUGCACCAACAUGGCCCAGAUGGUGCCCAGCCACGUGGAAGGCCUGCACUUGAACAUGGCUUUCAUUGUGAAUCCUGGCAUCCUGACCCUUCUUCUGGGACGGCGCUUCCCGCGGCUUUUCGGCUACACACAGAGGGAUAUGGAGCUGCUGUUCCCCUUCAGGGAGAAGGUUUUCUACAGCUUGCUGAGGGAGAGUGGUUACAUGCAUAUCCAGUGUACCAAGCCCGACACUGUGGGCUGCGCUCUGAACGACUCCCCCGUGGGCCUUGCUGCCUAUAUCCUGGAGAAGUUUUCUACUUGGACCAACCCGGAGUUUCGAGACCUGGAGGAUGGAGGCCUGGAGAGGAAGUUCUCCCUGGAUGACCUGCUGACCAAUGUCAUGCUCUACUGGACAACGGGCACCAUCGCCUCCUCCCAGCGCUUCUAUAAGGAGAACCUGGGCCAGGGCUUCAUGGCCAACAAGCACAACCGGAUCAAGGUCCACGUGCCCACAGGCUUUGCUGCCUUCCCUUGUGAGUUAAUGCAUGUGCCGGAAAAGUGGGUGAAGUUCAAGUAUCCGAAACUCGUCUCCUAUUCCUACAUGGCCCGCGGGGGCCACUUUGCCGCCUUUGAGGAGCCAGAGCUGCUGGCCCGGGACAUCUGCAAAUUCGUGGGGCUGCUGGAGCAGCGCUGAUGCCCGUGGGGCUGGCUGUCGCCCGCAGGCUCCCCGGCCGACAGCUGUCCUCCCUGCCCCAGGGCCCUCCCAAGGAGCAGGGAGACCCCCCUCUUCUCUUUGCAAUGAUGUAUGCCCCAUACCUGUCCCCCACCCCUGCUGGCCCCCUGCUCACUGCC